AAAUAUUUCACACUCGCUCACAUGCACCCACACACACAACCAUACAGAAGUUAUAAAGUAAGAAGAACAUGAUAAAUUACAUACUGGUAGAUUCCCUAGAAAACACAGAUUUCCUACUGCACUAGGCCACUAGCGCUGUAGAGCAACUUAGCCGCUGCAAGCACAACAACUUACAAACUUCUAGCCUUUCAUAUCAUUCUGUCAUUCAGUCAUUGGUACACGGUGCAGUACUAUUCCAUUCCUGAAUAGGUAGAUCUGCAAGAUUUACCCAUGUAAAACAAUCAACUGUGAAUAUCCAAAUAUACCGGUACCGUAUUUGAAGAGUAGGUAGGUUUUAAGAAUAAUUCCGUGUGCAGUGUUGACUGGUUUAAAUUCAACCGCAGAGUGUCGAAGCGACAGUUUAACAGCAGUUUGUGUAUGUAAAAUGAAUUAUUUUGAUUCAUUGUGGGAAAAGACUGAUGCUCAACUGACUUUGACCAAUGUAACGGCAGCUUAUGAGAACCUGAAAAAAGAGCUUAAAACUGCAUGGGAUUCUGAGGAUUGGCAAAUAAAAGUUUUGAUGAUUGAACUCGUCCUUGUUGCUUUGUUGAUUAUUUUAAUAUUUAUUGCUUGGAAAGUGAAUGGGCAUGCAAUCAGCAAGUUACUAACCCCCGACAGUAAGAUUCUGGAAUCUAAAUUGUCAAAGUCACGGUAUUCAGCUACAACAUUAAACUGUUAUUCAAGGCAAAAUUUGAAAAAACAUGAAUAACAAGAUGCAAUCAAACACACAUCCAUCAGAAUUUACAGAUUGUUGGGGUGAUGAUGAACGCAUGAAUUUUUUGUUUUCUGCUUUUCCGGCUGAUAGAUCGGUUAACCCUCAUCACUGGGACAACAAGAUGGCGUUUUGGAAAAAAUUGAUACAAGAUAUGUCUGCAAAAUUACCUUAUGGAUAUGUCUCAUGGGAUAACUUGUUCAACAACUUGACACGUCAAGGGAAAAGACCACUUGGAUUACAAACUGUUUUUGAUGACAUGAUCCAAAAUGGGGAAAUUGUUCCAACUGCACAAUAUACACAUGAUAUCCAUGCUAAUCAGUCUUGGGUAGGAUGGGGGUUGAAUUGGUGUGUUAAAAAACCUGCUUCGUGGAUGGCUGAUAAAGUUCUCAGUCCCAUUAAAACUAGAUCAGGCCGGGACCUGAAAAAGGGCCAGUUUGUUAUUGUUUCUGCAUUGGAACACAAAUGCAAUGAAGUGAUGGCAAAAUUCCAUCAAUAUGCCUCAAAGAAUGAACAUAAUCAUGAAUUUCUGAAUGUUGUUUCUUAUUUGCAAUUACAGGAUAUAACCAAAACUAUUUUAUGCGAUACAGAAAGUUUGGAUUUGACGCUGGCCACUCUGAAGAAUAAAGGAAUUGUAGAAAUUAAAUCUAAACAUGAAUUAAUAAGCGAGCAAGCCGCUGAGAACAAUCAUAAUGUUGCUUUGAGCGAGAAGUAUAUCAAGUUUGCAAAGCCUGGCAAUAAAAAGGUAAUUCCAUUUUCGGAUGUUGAUAUUGGAAUACUACAGCUCUGUGAAACAAGAACACAUUUGCAGCAGACCAUUAAUAACACUUGCCAGGAAAUGGAGAGUUGUACUCAGAAAGCAAAGGAGUUACUUAAAAACAAGCAACGGACCAUGGCAUUGGGUGCACUUCGGAAAAAGAAAAGACUAGAAAUAUCACUCAGUAAUAAAGAGCAAAAUUUAAACAACAUUGAAGAGCUGUUAGAAAGUUUAAACCAAUGUAAAACUGAUAAAUUGCUUAUGGAUACUUAUAAGAGUGCUGUUGCUGCUCAUAAAAAGGCUUCAAAAGGACUCUCACUUGAUGUGGUGCAAAGCACAAUGGAUGACGUAGCAAAUGUUUUGGAUAACCAGUCCGAAGUCAGUGAAAUUAUUUCUACCCCAGUAUCCUGUGAAAAUACUUCUGAUGAUGAUUUAGAAACAGAGUUAGCUGCAUUAAUAAACGGUCCUACAGAUACCAUUGGUUUAGAAGAUAUAUGUAAUAAAAUGACAACGGUUACUCUUGAACCAGGGAUUGUUGAUCUUCCUAUUCCACCAACUCAUUCACCUGGCCGUACAGAAACUACAACAAGAAAUGUUCAAACGAAUCAUACUCAUAAAAUUAGCCUUACAAGCUGACCAAAAUCAUUAGUAGCAAUAGGGGCUUUUCUCUGCCUAAAAUGAUAACCACAGAGGUGCCACACAAUACUAACCAUUUUAUAGUGUACUAUUUGAGAUGCAAUAGAACUUUAGUAUGCCAUGAGAUUUAAAACUUUGGAAUCCAAAAGCUAUAAUUUGCCAAUUAGCAGGUGAUGAAAACACUGCUCAAGUCAAAUGUUAUUGGUUAUCUCAUUCACGUUUGAGAAUGCCUGGUUCAAAAAGUGGGAAAGUAUGUUGACUAGCCAGUACUUCGCCACAUCCUUCAACCAAAUCAGCUUGUUUCUUAUCCCACGGGAAAACCCUUUUCUUGCCGCAAAUCAGAACAGAUAGCAUGUUUGAAUCCUUAUUUAGUUGUGGCACAUAUAUACUCACUUUCCUUUUUUCUUCAGAAUGAUUACAUUAUGUUAUAGCUUGGUGGCAUUUAGAUGUUUUUCUAUUAUUAUGUGAAUGUAAUGGUUUCCGAUGAGCAUGGUCAAUAAGAUACAUUAUCUCUGUGUCUGCAAUUGUGGUUUUCUACAUUUUCACAUUGUUUCACUGAUAAUAUAUAAAAUCUGUAUUUAUUGCUGAAAUAUAAAUUUAAUCGUUGACUGCAAUUGAAUUGGCUGAAAACUUUAA